UGCCACCAAGUCAAAUUCACAGCUUCCGUCCUUUUUCUGCCUCAUUACUGUAGCUGCCACAUGGAAACUGGUUUUCAGGGAGGAGGCAUGAAUGGGACAGCCAUUGAAAAUUUUGUCUGUGUCAUUUUUAAUGUUUCCUUCAUGAACUGCACUUGGGAUGUGGGCAGGACUGCUUCAGGAGAUACCCAAUAUUUCCUGUACUGGAAGACCUCAGGUCUCUUCUACCCAGCGACCUCAGGGAAAGAAGAUUUCACAGAAUGCCAGAAUUACACCAAAGAUAAUUGUGGAAGGCAUACAGGAUGUAGAUUCCAAAACGUGACAAUAGAAAAUACAAAAGCUCAUUUCCAGGUAAACGUGUCUAGAAGUGGACAAACCAUUCAGUCAUAUAAGAAGAUGAUUAUCCUGUACGAAAUUGAAAAGCUCACCCCUCCACUAAAUGUCACUGUGAAUUGUACAGAAGCUUCUCAUGGUUGUGAAAUUCGGUGGCAACCACCUCGCACAAGUCAUGUGAAAAGAUAUGAUUGUUUCAAAUAUCAAAUUGUCAUAGAAAACAAGGCUGAUCCUGAGAACAUCAACACGACAUCUAAAACAGAAAGAAACGUCUCAGGAAACUCCUACAUAUUUGGGAGCUUCAGUGCAGGAAAAAGGUACAGCGUCAAAAUCAGAGCGACUGACAAUAAUUGUUUAGUGAGCAGAAGCUGGGGAGAGUGGAGUACACCCGUAGAGUUUGAAAAUUUCUGGCCUCCUUUUAAAGGAGAGGAGGGAGGGAGAAAAUUGACACUGAACUAUAGCAGGAACCAUGACCUGCUGGAUGCUCCUCAAAAGGAUUUAUUUGAAAAAAACAUCUGCUACAGUACCACAGCCAAGAGACCCAUUCCAUGAUAUCUCUCCAAUAGAUUUCCAGACAGACUAUAAGAAUCAAUUAAUAAAGCAUGAAACUGAAGAAAUAAUUAUUGAAGAAGUGGCUUAACGGCGUGCAAGUGAAACAAGGAACUUGAAUUUUUUCAAAUAUAAAUAUCUUAUUGAUAGUCAUUUACAGGCUUUACACAUUUUCUCCUUCUUGCAAGCAGAGAAAAUAGCAUUGCCCGUAGAGACAAUUCCCCAAGAGCCUAUCUUUAAAAGCUUAUUUGUAUUUGAUUGCAUUUUCCAUAAAGAAUUUCAGUUGUUUGGACUAUUUUU